AUGCCUCGAGCGUUACUCCCCGCGGGCUGUGCCCUGCUGCUGCUGUCAGUCAGCGCCAUGGCCGAUGACUGGCCAUUCAUGACCUUCCAGACGGCCCCCUUCACACCACCUCAGAUCCAGGUCACCAAGAACGGCGUCACCGACCCGGGAUACCUCUUCAUCGGUCCCCGCGGGAACCAGCAGGCCGGCACUGCUGCCCUCAUCUACGACGAGGACGCCAAUCUCGUCUACCAGGGCCCCGAAGAGGUGACGGCCAACUUCCGCGUCCAGCGCCUCUUCAACCAGGACGUCAUCACCUUCUGGGCUGGGAACAUGACCGAUCUGGGCUUUGGGUACGGCUCCGUCCACAUCCUGGACGACACCUACCGGGAGAUCUACACGGUGACCUUGAACGACCACUUUGUGACGCCGGACAACAGUCUCAAGGACUCUUACAUGGAUCUGCACGAGAGCCAUAUCACAGCGCGCAACACGCUGCUGGUGACCGCCUACAAUGUCACGCAGCACAGCCUGACGGAUAUCGGUGGCACCCCGGAGGAUUUCAUGCUGGAUGGUCUGUUUUACGAGAUUGACAUUGCCACGAACGAGAUUGUGCACUCCUGGAGUGCGCUGGACCAUCUCGAUGCCAUUCACCUGCAGGACUCCAAACAGGGUCUGGGAGAUGACUACGGCACUCACGAGCAGCCCUGGGACGCGUACCAUAUCAACUCUAUUGAACUGAUGGACGAUGGGUACCUGGUCUCUCUGCGUCAUUAUUGGUCCGGGUUUUAUGUCCACAACAACGGCACCGUGAUGUGGCAGUUUAGCGGGGACUUGGGCAAGGGCGACUUCAAGCUAGACCCGGCCGGCGCCUUCUCCUGGCAACACGACAUGCGCAUCUACAAUCAAACUGCCGAGGGGAUGAUCGUGAGUCUGUUCAACAACGCCAACACGCCGACGGAUACGGUGGCGGCGACGACGGGCCUGAGCUACGCGGUGAACCUGGUCAACCGCACGGCGACCACGGUGCGCACGCUGAGCGACAGUAAAGACGUCAUCCACAGCGUCAGCCAGGGCAACUAUCAGCUCCUGAGCCCGGAGUCGUCACACGUGGUCAUGGGCUACGGGUCGAUCGCGCGCGUCAAGGAGUUCGACGCCGACAACAAGGAGGUGCUCACCGCGCAGUUCGGCACCGACAACGAGGUCGCCUCGUACCGCGGCUACAAGGCGCCGUGGAAGGCGACGCCGUUCUGGCAGCCGGCGGUCGUGGUGCGCCGCACGGCGACGGACGCGGCGCAGGUGUUCAUGAGCUGGAACGGGGCGACGGAGUACGACACCUGGGCGGUGCUGGCGGCCACGGGGCCCGAUUCGGUCCACAAUCCGGUGAUUGCGACUUUCCAGCGCACGGGCUUUGAGACGUCGGGAAUGCUGCGUGGGUUGACGACUUCGCAUCUGCAGGUGGUGGCGCGGAAAGGUGACAUUCCUUUGGGGACGUCGGCCGUGGUUGCUUUUUAG